CUCGAGCCUCCGCCCUCUGCCUGGGGUCAACUUGGCUGGGCUGGAGAGAGCCCCUGGCGGCUCUCGGUGCGGAGAACCAGGUGGCCCCGGGGGUCGACUGAGGGAACCGGCCUGGGCCAGCCGGCCUCGGGGGCGGGGGAAGAAUGUCAGGGCGCGGCCUGUCUCCCAGAGGCCUCUCCUCGGCCUACAGCACCUUUGGGCAAAAAGGGCGACCCACAGGCCUCUCACAUUCGGCGCUAACCAUCCUCAGCCCCCUCGCCCUGGGCUCCUUUAGUACUCAACAGGCCAGUAGGGGCACUUAACGGAAGCUGAGCUGCUGCCCUGUCCGUGGGAAGCCUCUCCUGGGUGUAUUUAGAACCGAGGGUCCCUCGAGGGACGUGGCGCAUUGAGCUGGUGAUACCGGAGAUGCUGACACUCCUGCUGUAUCCUCUCUUGGAGGAAAACCCGGUGCUCAGCUCAAGGCUCAGCCUUUCAGGAAAGGUCACUCGAAUAUUAUUCUGGUGUCUUCUACAGGGCCAAGAUAACCCAGAAAGUAUCCCGGUUCCAGGAGGCCUGCCUCAGCCAGGGCGCAGGCUGUCAGCGAGAUUUCCCGGGUGUGCUCCAGAUUGGAGACAGGCCUGACUAACCCCGAAUCCGGGAUUAGAUAGCAGGGCCUGGGUGAGCGGUGGCAAGGUCGCUAGGCUCCUCCGGCAGCAGAGCCUCCCCAAGCAGGGUAGCCAUACAGGCCGCCCUGUCGCAGGCCUGGGGCGGCACGAAGCGGAGGAUCAGUGUGCAAUGGCCUUGGGAAGUCUCCGGUGAGCUUCAUUUCUGGAUUAGAAGGAAAGGUUCCCCGGGAGAACCAGGCUAGGCGGGUGGGGACUGAGAGCGUCUAUUGAGGCACUGAGGCUGAAAAGGAAAACCUGGCAGUGAUGGUCAAAAGAAGCCCCUGACACCCCUCCCCCAGGGGCCCCCACCGCCGGGCUGUGCCCGAAGGUGGGCACCUCUGCUCAGAAGAUAAACGAUGAUGUGUGUGUUCAGGGGGCGCCGUUCCCCUCCAGCUGUGGCCCCGGGUAAGGAACCAGCCUGGGCGCGCUGCUCUGCGAACUAGAGCCUGGGGCCCUGGGACCUGGGCGCUGGCUGUCGUCCGCCGCGGCCCGGGUGCUCACAGUCGCCAGGGGUUGGGCCCUGGGAAGUGGGCGAGGAAAAGAUGCUGAAUGCACCUUCUAUCCUGAUUACUGCUCCCUGGGCCCUGGGGCAUCCUGGGCUCCUGCCCCUCCCUCGCCCGGGCCUCAUUACCGGGAGAGAGCGAGGCUGUUUGUAAACAAUAAAUAAUGGAAAGUAGGAGGAUGUUCAGAAAAGCCUCAGCAGAAGCGGGAAAGCUGGAAGGAGUUGGGAGGAGGGGGUGGGGGAGGGGCGGAGCAGAGGAGGAAGAAGGAGAGAGAUGGAGAGAUUCAUUUCUGCCCAGAAGCCCCGGUGGCUAGUUUCUUAUUAUUUACAGGAGGUGAUAUUAGCAAUUCAGGUGAGAAAGAAAUAAACACGGCUGCCACGAGAUCAAUACAGAAUUCAGAAACAAUUAUUAAUGUCAUUUGACUCGUGUUCUUUAUAUAUCUCUCCCGGCUACAGACGCUUAAACUGUCUGAAUAAUUUGCAUGGAGCGGCUAUUCAUUAUUUCCGAUGAUUUUCCUUCGCAAGCAGCUCGGACGUGGCCGGCUGUGGUUCAACGCGAUCGGAGAGCUCGUAUUUUCAUCUGUAAAUUAAAGCAAUUACGCAGCAGAUAUCUUAUGAUGCGUACUGUGGUCUCCAGAUAGUCAUCAAUCACCUUCAACCGAGCUGUCAGAGCGGGCAGAUUUCGUUUCUGGGAGGCAGGUUUGCAGCUGGGGAGAGGGCGAGAACGUCAUCAUUAAUUAGAGGGUGACCCUGGGGCGAUUCACAGGUCUGAACCCAGGAAUCUUUCCGAGCAAGUCUGCACAGCGCCGCCGCGCACAGUUCCCCUCCCGGCCGCGCGGGAGGCCGAGCGGGGCGAGCGCGCGGCAGGGGCGAGCCCGGGUCCCCGCAGGGCAGCGGCACAAAAGGCGGGGAGCGAGUUCGGGGUGCCCAGGCGCCCCUCCGCCGCCUGCGCGCUCGCCUCCGUUGGGGAUUCGGGCAAGGUCCCAGGACCCGGACUGAAUGGGGAAGUCCCGGGGUGGGCACUCGGCCGUCUACCCAGACUGCUCCGUGCGCCCCGGGCGCUGAGCUAUGCGACACUGGCGGGGAAGGGCGUCCCGGCGCUCCCUCCCCGGCACCUAACCCUGAAGGUCGCCCGGAGCAGCCAGCGUACCGGGAGGGGCCCCGGAGCGGAGGCGGGAAACCUGCUCUUCCGAGCGUGCGGGGACGUCUGGCAGUCCCCGGUUUAGCCGCGAGGGGCAGGGGAGGCUGAGGGAGGGCGGCCCGCGGAAGGGGGUGGAAGAGGAAAGGGAGGGUCGCUCGCCGCGCAGGAACGCACGGGACCGGAGGUGGGACGGAGGAGGGGGCGUUCCCCGGGGACGCGGUGGCGGAGAGUCGCCAAGCCCCGCCGCACUUGGGCCACCGAGCCCCGGAGUGGAUGGCUCCGGGAAGGGCCUCGGGACCCACACACCCGAGGGCCUCCUGACCUCCGGACGCGGACACUCGCAGCCGCUUUGGGUUCUGGAGCUCCGCCCCGGAGUUGGGUUCGAACUGGCGGGCGGCGGCGCGGCCGCCGAGCUAAACAAUAGUGCGAGCGGCGCGCCGGCCGCGGAGCUGCCUCGGGCACCCGGGGCGGCGCGCGGAGGCCGGGCGGUGGCCGCCUGCGCCAGCACCAGCGCCAGCGCCAGCGCCAGCGCCGGGCUAAUUUUAACUGUUGAUUACAUCUUCAUGGAGACUCACUCGUGUGUCCCUUCACAUGUCUCAUUUGUAAUUGAGACUAAUGAUUACAGUGGGGCGGGAAGGAGCAGGUGCUCAUUAAUUAAUUUCUAAUUAAAAGUGCUUCCCGUUCUCGGCGACUAAGGAGAAGCAGCCUUCGUCGGGGCGGUAGUGACUCCACGGAUGGAAUUCGUUGGUUAGAGCCCGUUGCCCCUGCGCCCCGCGCGGCUCCCCGGCCCGUCCCCGCCCCGCGCGGCCGCCAGUGACCCGCGCGCCUGCGGCCCGGCCCGGUGCGCGGUGUGGGCUGACGUCAGCGCCUCCGCCGCUUAAAGCCACGCACAUCUGACUUGGGUUCGCGCAACUCGGUUUUUUUUUUUUCCUUUUUUGCAAAAUAUGUAUUUGUGUCGCCGCUGCGAGGCCGGUUGGUCCCAGAGCCCCCUCGAGGCUCGGGAAUGUGAAGCCAACAGGCUCGCUGCGGCCGCCGCCGCUCACUUUCCUACCGGGUUAGAAAAGUUUGCGGGGCGUGUGGAUGAAGUAACCCGCUCUUCUGCUUCGCCCUCCCAGCGCCUAGGAGCCGGCGGCCCCGGAGCAGUGGCCGCGCCGCGCCGCCCACCGCGGCGCAGGACCUCGCCGGCCCCGCCCGCCGGCCCCGGCCGCGCCCGCCAUGUCCUACCCGCAGUUUGGAUACCCGUAUUCCUCCGCACCCCAGUUCCUGAUGACCACCAACUCCCUGAGCACGUGCUGCGAGUCGGGUGGCCGCACGCUGGCCGAGUCGGGGCCCGCCGCGUCGGCCCAGGCGCCCGUCUACUGCCCGGUCUACGAGAGCCGGCUACUGGCCACCGCGCGCCACGAGCUCAACUCUGCCGCGGCGCUGGGCGUGUAUGGGGGCCCCUACGGGGGCUCGCAGGGCUAUGGCAACUACGUGACCUACGGCUCCGAGGCCUCCGCCUUCUACUCGCUGGCUCCUGGGAUCCUACAGAACGGCUUCGACUCCAAGGAUGGGCCUGGAUCUGCGCAUGCGGGCCUGGCGCCUGCCGCGGCCGCUGCCUACUACCCCUACGAGCCGGCGCUGGGCCAGUAUCCCUACGACAGCCUGUCCCCAGGUACGGGACCAUGGACAGCGGCACGCGGCGGAAGAAUGCCACGCGCGAGACCACCAGCACGCUCAAGGCCUGGUUGCAGGAGCACCGCAAGAACCCCUACCCCACCAAGGGCGAGAAGAUCAUGCUGGCCAUCAUCACCAAGAUGACCCUCACGCAGGUGUCCACCUGGUUUGCCAAUGCACGCCGGCGCCUCAAGAAAGAGAAUAAGAUGACAUGGCCGCCAAGGAACAAAUGUGCAGACGAGAAGCGACCCUAUGCAGAGGGCGAGGAGGAAGAAGGGGUGGAGGAGGAAACCAGGGAGGAGCCCCUCAAGAACACCAAGAAUGAAGAGUCUCUGGGCAAAGAGGAGAAGGAUCUAGAGCUCACCGACUUGGAGGACUUCGACCCACUGGAGGGGGAGCCCCACGAGUGCGAGCUGAAGCCGCCCUUCCAGCCCCUGGAAGGCGGUCUGGAGCGCAUCCCUGCGGCACCCGAGGGUCCAAGCGCCCCUGGGAAGGAGGCCUCGGGCACCCUGCGGAUGCCCCUGGCCGCCGGUGGCGGGACCGCGCUGGACCAGGACAUGGAGAGAGCCAGGAGCUGCCUCCGGACCACAGCGGCUGGGCCAGAGCAGCAGCCCGGCGCAGGGGGCGGCUCGCAGGCUUGUGAGGCCAAGCUGGGCUUUGCACAGGCUGGGGCCCCGGCGGGCCUGGAGGCCAAGCCGCGCAUCUGGUCCCUGGCACACACUGCUACUGCGGCUGCCACUGCCCUGAGCCAGACUGAGUUUCCAUCCUGCAUGCUCAAGCGUCAAGGCACUGCGGCCCCUGCGGCCACUUCCUUGGCUCCUGCUUCAUCCUCGCCUGCGGCCCCGGCCCCUACUGGUGCCCUGGACAGGCACCAGGACUCCCCGGUAACCAGUCUCAGAAACUGGGUGGAUGGGGUCUUUCACGACCCCAUUCUCAGGCACAGCACUUUGAACCAGGCCUGGGCCACCGCCAAGGGCGCCCUCCUGGACCCAGGGCCGCUGGGACGCUCCCUGGGGGCAGGCGCCAACGUGUUGACGACACCCUUGGCGCGCACUUUCCCUCCUGCUGCACCCCAUGAUGCACCGGCCUCAGGUGCAGCCAAGGAGCUGCUGGCCCUCCCGAAGGCCGGAGGCAAGCCCUUCUGCGCCUAACUGGCUGGCCUCUGCCCCUGAGCAGAGGAGGAGGAGCCCAUGCUGGGGCUGCAGGCCUGUGGGUCGCAGACUCUUUUUCUACCAAGUUUCCAAAGCAGGACGAGAGCGUGGCAAAGUUCAGGCAGCCAAGCCACCGUAGAGGGAGGAGCUGAACUCGGCCUCUCCAGGCUACACGCCAGCCGCCUGAGCUGUCUUGCCAGGUCCACGGACCCCACCUGGACAUGCACUAGUUCAGGCCAUUUCCAAACUCCGAGACCCAUGGAUAGGGCUGCUCACAGAGCAGAAGGGAGCCACCCUAAGCAUAAAGUUUACGUCUGAAAGUUUACAUGGAGAAGACAUUUCCGUUCUGAGGCUGUUUUGCUGUCUCCUUUCGGGUUCAAGGCAUGCCAGCGUUCCUCCCGGAAGACUCCUCAGCCUGGGGACCUGAUCUCAUCCUCCGCACAUUUGCCAACAGCACUCCACCUCGUUCACACUAUUGCACACUCUUAACUCGAUAAAAUUAUGUUUUUUUUUAAAUGUAUGUUCACACCAAUAAUUGCCUGCUUCAGAGGCUAAUAUAACAAAACCAAUAAACCGAGUGAUGGUGUUUGCAUUGCAA